AUGGCUGAGAAGAACCAACAGUUGCUUGCAUCAGCAAAUGGCUACUCCAGAAAGGAUGAAGAAUCUGCCACCUUGAAAUCCGAAGAUGAGCUCAAAAGCCAAAAGAGAAUCAAAUUGGCUAUGUUAGGUGCCAUCAACGUCCGAAGCCUCAACUCUGUCCUUGCCACACCUUCAUUUGACACAACCCAAAUCAAGGUCAAGAACACAAACUGGGGACCCCAUAAGUUCGAUGCAAGCAUUGCAACGUUCAUGGACCAAGGCGUGGCUGUGGAGCAAGUUAGUAUUCCUAAGAGUAAGGCUGGCAUGCAUUCCACCAAAAAGAUUGAUGUCACAGUGAGUUUGAAUUCCAAUGGAUUGUCAAGCUCAAAUCUCGGAAGUGAUCUGAAUGGUGGGAUCUUGACCCUCGGCAGCCAAGCUAAAUUGACUGGAAAGGUUGAACUCAUGUUCAUCAUGAAGAAAAAGAAGUCGGCUAAUAUGGACUGUACUAUAGCAUUUAAUCUAUCCUCAAAGGCAGUCCAAACUUUACAAUGCAAGUGA